UCUUCAGGCUGAGACCUACAUAGCAAAAAGGAGGAGCAGGCAAGUUUUUACAACUCCUUUCUCCUUUAUCUAAAAUUUAGAGGCAGCAUAAUCUGUUGAGCCACGGAUUCUGUAUACUUACUACAGAAGACGUUCCUGAAUCCUGUGUAGAAAAGGGGCGUGGAGUAACAAUUCUUUACAGGAUGAUCAUGCUAUUUAAACCUGUGUAAGUUAAGUUAUGAAUCAAGGCAUAUUUCACAGAUAAAGGCAACUUGUGACCCUCUGUAAAAUGAUGACACAAUAUACACACAACAUUAGGCUGUAAUAAAUGUUAAAAAGGAAGAGGAAAAGGAUUAUAGAUGGUUAGAAUAACAUAAAAGAAUUGUACAACAAUAAUAGAUAGGUUUAAUAACUGUUUUGAAUGUUUAGGCCGCGAGGACAUCAUCAUUUUCUCUAAACCCCAUUUCAAUUAUUGGUAAAUCAGAAAAGUUUUGUUGUGUGUUUUUGUACAGAGACAAAAUGGACAGUACAUUCCCCUUGCACAUACUCAUAUGUAACCAGAGAAUCAGAUGAUGGUAAUGAUGUAACCUUCAAACACAGGUUGCUUGUUGAAAUGAAGAGCAGCUCAGCUGUUUGUCUCCAGGGUUUAAUUUCUCCAAUGCAGAAAGACAGAGGAAACAAAGAGACAUGCUGGAGAUAUGAAGCGAGAGAGACCGACUGACAGGAGCAGACAGAUACUAGGCUUCCAGCACAGUGAGCAGCAGCUGUUUUGAUAAACUCACUUCAUGCUGCCUGCUCAGCACCGAACCGCAGACAAGCACGGUAAGCAACUAGCUAGUGAACGUUGUGGAACAUUUAACUGCUAAAGAGCCAGAAUAUUUUUCUCAGGAAUUGGUGGAGAGCAAAGAGAGCUAAAAGAGAGUGAGUAUUGGACUUACAUUAAUCAAGUCGCCGUAAACACAACACCAAAUGGUGAUGUUGCUUUGUGUGUGCUAGAUGUGGAAAUAGGCAACUGCUACUAAUAUGUUCGCCACACUAACAUUAUAAGGUGAUGAGUGUUGAGAUUACAGCUCGUAUCAUUGUCCCCACAUGGCCAAGAAACACUCACUGUGUAUGUUUGGUCAUGGUGGCUCUGCCUGCCUGUGAUCUCACAUAUACAAAUAUGUUACAGCUUGAGCAAGUCAAAUAAAUCAAUCUGGUAAAGUAAGAGAAAAAAAUAAACAUGUUAUAAGACACAUGAAGUUCACUUGUCGUAGUGAUAUAUCUAACAACACACUUCCACAGCAGGGGAGUGCAAUCAAGCUAGUUUCACUUUUACCCACUGCAAUAACUGUAUUUUCCAUUUCAAGUUUAUUCUGAUUAGUGCUGCUGUGUAAACCAUCCAUACAACCAGUCAUGCCUCCUUAAAUUGAAUGAGUUAGCGACAGUGUGUGGCUGUCAGAUGAACAAUUUCUCUCUCUCUCGCUCUCUCUCUCUCCCCUCCUGAUCUUUCCCUUCUAUCGCUCUAUACUCUCUAAAGACAAGGGCCUUUUUGUGUGAAAGGGAAAUCAUAGGACUCACAUGCUUUGGAAGAGAGAAAGUGAGUGAUCACAGCAAAGAGAUAGGGUUGUUCAGAAGAGAAGAACAAUUUAGAGGAGCGGACUGAAGUCAUCUUGAGCUGGAUAAAGACUUCAGAACCGGACAGCUGUGAGCUAGACUGGACCACACCGGACAGGAUACGUAAACAUGGAGAAUGGCAAAACAGAAACAGAAGACCAGACGGAAGGUGUGUCAGAAGUUAAAGAAGAAAAUGUGGAGGAAGCUAACAUAGAAAUUGCUCAGCUGCAGGGCUUGGUGGCUGAACUGCGCGAGGGGCUCCAUGCUGCUUUGACGGAGCUGUGCGAGCUGCGUCAGAGGGACCACGGCCUGGAGGAGAAGCUCCAGGCCUAUCAGACUGACGUGGAUGAUAAGAUCAUGGGCCUCAAGAACUUGCUAAACACUUUCAAGGAUGAGCUCAAUGUGGCACUGCUCCACAUAAAGGAUGUGUCGAGCAGACAGAGGGAGGUGCAGAAGAGGAUAGAACUGUUUCAGUCGGAAAACACCAGAGAUAUCAUCUCUGUUCCACAAAGCCAGCCAGACCUCAGUGUUAUUCAACACUUCUUUUCCAGUCUGCCAAAUAGCAGCUCACCACAGAGGAGCACCACAUCCACACAGACCUCUACCUCUGAACAGGAGGCUCAGCAGCAGCAGAGAGGUUGUCCAGCGUGGGGAGAGAGGAAGAACAGCAGAGACGACACAGAGACCGCCAACAGCCAAACUGAAAACAGUAAAAGACAGAGAGUCGCUCUCGAGUUGCUGGAGUCAGAGAGAAUUUACGUGUCCCACCUGUCUCUGUUACUGAAGGCUAACAUCUCCUUUAAUGGAUCAGAAGCUCUCACCUCCAAAGACAAACGUCCGUUUCCCAGCACUCUGAGGUUUCUGAUCCAGCAGCACCUUGAGCUCCUCCAUACUCUCCAGGAGCGUGUGCUCAAGAGCCAGUGGCAAGGCAUCAUGGGAGAUGUGUUUAUGAGGCUUACCAGCAAAGAGAGUGACUUCUUGGACUUUUAUGUGUCCUACCUGAAGGAGCUUCCAGAAUGUCUGUCAGUCGUCACCAUGCUUUCCUCCACCUCAAUGAAAUCUUCUGCCUUCCUGGAGAGUGAAAUAACAGGUGAUGAAUCUAAACCCUCCCUCCACACUCUGCUCCUUCAGCCGGUUCAGAGGAUCCCCGAGUACCUGCUCCUGCUACAGAGGUUGCUAAGGCAGACACACGCAGAGCACCCAGACUACUACCUACUGCUGGUGUGCAUCCAGCAGUUCAGGUCCUUCACGGCUCAGUACCACCACCUCCUCCAGCACAACCAGGAGCUUCUGUUGCACAACCGCAAAGAGGUGAAGAGGUCUACCAUGAAACAGCUGUUAAAGACAGUAGAAAGUGGGAUUCCAGCUAACAACAUUGGCUCACCGUACCCUUGCAACAGUGCCACGUUAGAACAUGUCAACCAGGUGAAGCGGAGCAAGCAGCGUCUCCUGGAGCAGAUCCAGUCUCAUCAUUUCCAGGAUUGGGAUCGCGACCAGGAACCCGAAACUCAUUGUUACGACACAGAGUGGCCCUCCCAGCUCCAAUUCUUCAGCCCCGAGCUGGACUCACGGAGCCACAAACCAACAGGUCUUGGCAGUAUCCCAGAGAGUGAAGCAUCUGAGAGGUCCAUGUCAUGCCAGCAUCAUCUGCCCUCCAGACCUGCAGACUUCCGUCAGGUUCAACCGGGCUCCGCUUUGGCCGAUGCCCUCGGAGAGUUCCUUCUCCCUCCAGACCCUCCAGGGAUGGAGAGCCUCUAUGAAGAGGACAGAAGUUCCCUUCAUGAUGUCUCCAUGUUUGACCGCUGCUCCUCUGCCUCUUCAGAUUCCUCUAUUGACAUUGCUUUUGUGAGGUGCCCCAAAGCCCCUUCAGCGUCACAUCACGCAAUGGCAGCCAAUGUGUCAACAACCCGAGAUGUCUUUGGCAAUGGUGGAAGCCAUGGGAAUGGUUACAAACUGCCCAAGCGAGGAUGUGUAUCUCCGGAUGAAGCUGUAAUGAUGCGCCGCAAUCAGCAUCGUCCUCUUCAGGCCAGCCAGCGUAAAAGCAAGUCACUGAACGGUCUGCAGAUGGACAACACAGUGAGUUGUCUUGAUGGUAGUCCUCUAUCAGACCACCCCCAAAGGUUGGGACUGGGCAGCCAUGCCAAGCUGGAGCGCCAGGGCAGUAAGGGCAGCAAGGGGUGUCCCACCCCAUCCCGUAAGGUCCACAGCCCCUUGGGGAACAGACUGGAUAUCGACAAGCACAGUGACGAUCUUCAUGGACUGCUCAGCAUUGACUCUGGGUUCCAAUCAUGGGGGGAUGAGUCAAAAUGGAGAGGCGGGACAGAGGAGAAUAACCACACCCCAUUAAGCGAGAGGAGUCGGAAGCAGGACAAAGGAGGCUUCAGGAGCUCGUUCAAGAAACUCUUCAAGAAGAAGAGCAGUGAUGAGAAGAAAGAGAAGGGAGGUGAGAAAACACCAGAAAACCAAAACAACGGUGAACAUGAGACACCGGGGAAAAAUCCCAAACUGGUACAGCUGGAGAUAAACCGUGGCACAGCUGUAUGAACACCACUCUAUCACACACAGACUGAUCAAUUAGAAAGUGUAAUACAUACAAGUUUAAGAUACAAACGGAGGUUGUUUUACAUUUACAACUGCCAUAUAAAUGCUGUACAUGUAUAUGCCAUUUAGCUAAGCAAUUUUUCCUCUCAUCAUUUCCAAAUAUAAAUGUAAAUUUAUAUAAAUUUAUAUAAAUUUAUAUAUAUACAAAAUCCUGCCCCUGGCCUUUAUACUGAGGGAAAGCAUUUGACAAUGCUGUGGACGCCAUUUAUCAACAAAACAGUACUGCAGAUUUUAGUCUUUGUAAUGGUAAGAGUAUAGUAACGCUUGCCCACACCAGGAUGACACAGGAGGAUAAGGUCCUUAGAUUACAUGUGUUUUGAGUCAGUUUAGAUUAAAUGUGACUAUGCAGAUUAGACCUUUUGUUAAUGAAGAUGUGGUCACAAAUGUGUCCACUAGAGGGCAUAGUUUAAUACAAUACAUCCCCAUACUGUAAACAGCUCUGCUCUACCUCCAGUUUCCCAAAUCUUUUUCAUAGAACAAACUCCUUUUGUUUCCCUUUUUUCCCAAGGUGCAUUAUUUGUACCCCAACUUUCAAAUCUGUGCAAAGCUAAUAUAGAGCCUCUUUUGAAGUGUUUAAAGUUUGAUAUUGACAGAUGGUUCCCCAUUUGUCUUUCAUUGUGGGAGAAAAGCACUCUAAACAUGAGUGCUAUUCCUAAAUUUGACUAUUUCACCCCUUAACCGGCGCCGACACCUGUUUCUUCAGUACAACUGUCUACCAGUUGUCUUAAAGUCUUAAGCCAUAACCAGAAAUUAUUAUAUUGUGCAUUAUAUACUCAGGAGAAAACACCUUAAGCUGUUACUUAUUUUGUUUCAUUACAAAACAUUCAAGGUUUUUCUUUAUGACAAUUUUUUCUAUGCAUUGAACAGAACUGCUUUGUUAAGAGAUCAAUGUGACAAUCAAGAGACAUUAAAAUUGUUCAAUAAAGGUCCACACUGAAAAUGUAUUAUGUUGCUCAGCUGGUUCCUUUUCCUUGUAUCACUGGGUUAUUAAAAUUAGCUAUACAAAUUAAAAUGGACUUGACUUGGACAUACAUGUUGUUAUAAAUAGGCUAUUAUCAUUCUAGGUAUGAGCAGAUGAAUUGAUUAAAAGUUCCAGUCUUUCACCGUUAACACUUAAUUUGAUUCUGUAGGUUGUUUUUUUUUUUAAGCCCCACUUAUAAAACAUUUAAAUCAUUUUAAACACUCACUCACAUUCAGCAGGCUGCAGAUUCUUCACAAGGACCAGCUGUUUGGUCCUUGUUAGAAAUGCCAACUUCUGCCACCUGCAAGCAAGAAUCUGUUAGCUCAAAUAAAAGAAAGAGGGAACAUUAUCGUGUCACACUAUCCUUUAGUGGAUAUUAAAUAUUCAACAGUAAAACAAAAUCAGCUUGUGGUUAUAAAGCACCAACAUUUGAAUUAUUCUUUUUAUAUUAUACUUUCUUAAGAUAUGAACUUGUGCACAACAUUAAGCUCUUUCAUUGACCAUUAGAGAAGGGAGCUUACAGGUAAGUAUCACUAUUUGAAGAAAUAAUCAUCAUACAUGCUUAAUAUGUCAAUUAUGAAGCCUACACUACAAAAAAGUUGCCAUGAAUUUGUUUUCUUGCCUAUAGAUGGUGCAGGUUGACCUGGAAAUGCAGCUUUGCAACUGAUCAGGUUCACAUCAAUGUAAUUGUGUGUUUAUUUUGGAACUGGCCCUUUUUAGCUCUAAAAUGAGGAUGAGUAAUUAAACAGCUCUAAAUACUGUAAAAGCAUCACUUUUUUACCUGGUGGACCAGUGCUCUUAGAGAAAAACACCUUUUUUAGUAGACAAAAGCAAACGUGUUACUAAUAAUAUGUAUGUAAUAUCUGUUCAAUUCAAAUGUCCCAGUUAGCCAUGACAGUGAGUGUGACAAUGAGCCAGAAUGUACAAUAGCAGGACCCUGAAAGCAAAGCAGCUAACCAUGAGUCAGCCAUCAUGAACUUCUAAAUUUGUGCUUUUCCCACUGAGACGCGUCAACAUGUCUUAAACUCUUCUGUCCUUCAAAAAUAAACACCACAAGACCCCCAAA